AUGAAAAUUAAUUCUAUCACUUAUUUAUUGAUUUUAUUCUUAUUGAUAUGCAUAGCAGGUUUUAUAGCAGCUGGACGUGAUUUUUAUAAAAUAUUAAAUUUGCCAAGAACAGCAACGUUAAAUCAAAUAAAAAAAUCUUAUCGAAAAUUAGCAAAAGAAUUGCAUCCGGAUAAGAAUAGAAAUGACCCAAAAGCACAAGAACGUUUUCAAGAUUUAGGGGCUGCUUAUGAGGCUUUAUCUGAUCCUGAUAAACGUAAAAUUUAUGAUAAACAUGGUGAAGACGGUUUAAAACGACAAGGUGGUGACGAUUCAUUUCAUGAUCCAUUUUCAAGUUUUUUUGGUGAUUUUUUUCACUUUGGUGGUUCGAGAGAUGAUGGACAUAAUCAAGUGCCACGUGGUGGAGAUUUAGUUGUGGAUUUAUAUGUGACACUUGAAGAAGUUUAUAAUGGAAAUUUUAUUGAAGUUGUUCGAGCUAAACCAGUAGCAAAACAAACGGCUGGUUCACGAAGGUGUAAUUGUCGAAUGGAAAUGCGAACAACACAAAUGGGUCCUGGACGGUUUCAAAUGAUGCAAGAACAAGUAUGCGAUGAAUGUCCGAAUAUAAAAUUUGUUACAGAAGAAAUGGUAUUAGAAAUUGAAGUAGAACCAGGUGUAGCUGAUGGAUAUCAAAUACCAUUUGUUGCUGAAGGAGAACCUCAUAUUGAAGGUGAACCAGGUGAUUUGAAAUUUAUUAUUCGUAUUCAAAAACAUUCAAGAUUCGAACGUAAAAAUAAUGAUUUAUAUACAAAUUUAACAAUAACGCUACAAGAUGCACUUAAUGGUUUUGAUGUAUCAUUUCCUCAUCUUGAUGGACAUAAUGUAACAAUUAAACGUGAAAUGAUAACUUGGCCUGGUGCUCGAAUAAAGAAGAAAGGUGAAGGUCUACCACAACAUGAUCAAAAUAAUAUUGUUGGUGAUCUAUAUGUUACAAUUGAUGUUGAUUUUCCUAAAAGUGAAUUCAAUGAUGAACAACGAGAAGUUGUUAAAACGUUAUUACAUCAAGAAUCGAAACAUCAAUUAUACAAUGGCUUAUAG